UCUCGACAUCAUGAAGCUCGCAAUCGCAGCCAUUGUUUUCAUCUGCGCGCUAGCUGGGACGCACUACGGUACUGCAAACCUUAGAUCCUCAAUUCUCCAUCGGUCUACUAGUGACAACUCCAGUUGCGCGGCUAUGGGACUCUUCAAUCCAUUAUGUAGCACACCGAACGAAACAUCAAACUGCCUCAACAUUUGUGGCGGAAAUGAAACUGCAAUCAAAACCGUUGAAUUCUGUGUCAACAAACCAGGAGGGAUAUUCAAAAUCGGAGACACAUUACAGUGCGUGGCUUCUGUACAAGUAGAUCAUCCGCCGAUCGGAAAUCUGUACUAUGAUGUUCAAGCCACGUUUACAGGGGGAAGGAGUGCAAACUUUGGAGGUGGACUAUGUAGUUCUAGUCCUGAUUCUUGCCGCACAACAAACUUAAAGUUCAAUAUAUCUCAACUAAUUCCAGACACGUGGUCUUCUUAUAUAGGUCUCGUUCAGGGCCAUCUUGAUAUAAGAGAUGGUUUUGGACUUAUCUUGUGUCUCAAUGGAUCUGGUACUCUCGAGAAAUAAAUUACGUGAAGGCGGUGUGAUGAACAUUGUUACGGGUGACUGUCUAGAUAGCGUAUACACUAGAACAGCGUGAACUGAAGCUUUACUUCAACAUUAGUAAAGUAGUUUAGAAUUUGCUGAUAUGUUUGUAUACAAUAGUUAGGCUUUGUAUUAUUGUUUCUAUACCAUUGGACCAGAUCUUUAGGAUAGUCAACUAUGAUAGUAUCUGAAACAAAGUCUGGGUUUUAUUUGUUGUUGCUGUUGUUAUUGUUAUUGUUAUUGCUGUUUGUUUAAAUGUAAUAUAGUCGCGGUGUUUUAGUUAUUACUUGUGUUGUGCUUGUUUUGUUAUUAUUGUUGUUGUUAUUGUUGUAGUCUGUUUUAGAUGUAAUAGUAGUGGUGUUUUAGUUAAUUGUGUUGUGCUUAUUUGUUUUUGUUGUGGUGGUGGUGAUUGUUGUUGUGGUUGUUGUUGUUGUUCUGGUGGCCCGGUUGUGGUGAUGGUGGUGUUGGUGUUGGUAUUGGUCGUACUGAUAGUCGUCAUUGUAAUUAUAAGUCUGGUUUAUACAGUAAGCACUUGAAGCAAUUAAUACUUGCCUCAAAAUUGCUUAGAUCUUUAUGGUUAUCUAUAGACACACGAUAUGACUUGACUGCUAUGUUUCAGGGUGAUCUUAGUAAUGCAGAUUCUGAGAACACGCACUAUGCAAAAAUAAGUUCUGUCAAUCUUACUGGCUGCAUACAACGCAGUGAGUUGUGAAUUUAUUAGUUUUAUCAGGUGGUGGGACUAAGGAGAAUGGACUAAGGAAGAUGCUGAUUGGAGAUAUGAAAACACGUUUCAACGACCAAGACUUUUGUAAUUGCUUGAAUGCUUGUGAAAAUAUGGAAGAGCUGUACAAACAGGUGGUUUACCUUUUAACAACUUGUGGAGAGGUUAACGCCUCUGGACUUGUUGUAAGGCUUUGCUAAAGUUUGGUUUCGAUUUAAUUUACUAUACUAAACAGCCAUAUUUUUAGUUCAUCUUAUA